AUGGCUUCUCCUGUUGCUUCUGCCGCCCUCAAGGCGCGCGUGCGCAAUCCUGCCAUGCUCAAGAAGCUUGCGCGACCUGAUGAGCUGAUGCACCACUUUCCCAAUGGUUCUUACAUCGGCUGGUCUGGCUUUACCGCUGUCGGAUACCCAAAGAAGGUCCCAGCUGCCAUGGCCGACUACGUCGAGCAGAACAACCUCCAGAGCAAGAUGAAGUACUCCCUCUUCGUCGGCGCCUCGGCAGGUUCCGAGACGGAGAACAGAUGGGCUGCUCUCGACAUGAUCAACCGACGAAGCCCUCACCAGGUCGGCAAGGAUAUUGCCAAGGGAAUCAACUCUGGACGCAUCAACUUUUUCGACAAGCAUCUGUCCAUGUUUCCUUCUGAUCUUGUUUACGGCUUCUACACAAAGGACCGUCCUAACAGCAACCUCGACGUUACUGUCGUUGAGGCCACCGAUAUUCUUGAGGAUGGCAGCUUCGUUCCUGGUGCCUCUGUCGGUGCUACUCCCGAGCUGAUCCAAAUGGCCGACAAGGUCAUUAUCGAGGUCAACACCUCCAUCCCCUCUUUCAAGGGUCUCCACGACAUCACCUUCACCGACGUUCCUCCCCACCGCACACCUUACAACAUCACUGCUGUCGAGGACCGAAUUGGUUCCACCUCAGUCAAGGUCGACCCCUCCAAGGUCGUCGCCAUCGUCGAGUCCGACUACUGGGAUGCCACCGGCCCCAACGCCGCCAUGGAUGAUACCUCCCGCCAAAUCGCCGGCCACCUGAUUGAGUUCUUCGAGCACGAGGUCGCCCAGGGUCGCAUGCCCGCCAACCUUCUGCCUCUUCAAUCCGGUAUCGGUAACGUCGCCAACGCCAUUGUCGGAGGUCUCAACGAGUCCAAGUUCAAGAACCUCAAGGUCUGGACCGAGGUUAUCCAGGAUACUUUCCUCGACCUCUUCGACUCUGGCAAGCUCGACUACGCUACCGCUACAUCCACCCGUUUCUCCCCCGACGGUUUCAAGCGCUUCUACGACAACUGGGACGCCUACGCCGACAAGAUCCUUCUCCGAAGUCAGGCUGUUUCCAACGCUCCCGAGAUCAUCAAGCGUCUUGGAGUUAUCGGAAUGAACACCCCCGUCGAGGUCGACAUCUACGCCCACGCCAACUCCACCUGUGUCAGCGGAACACGCAUGCUCAACGGUCUCGGUGGAUCAGCCGAUUUCCUCCGUAACGCCAAAUACUCCAUCAUGCACACUCCCUCCAGCCGACCUUCCAAGACCGACCCCCACGGUGUUUCUUGCAUUGUCCCCAUGUGCACCCACAUUGACCAGACCGAGCACGAUCUCGACGUCAUCGUCACCGAGCAGGGUCUUGCCGAUGUCCGCGGUCUUUCCCCCCGCGAGCGCGCCCGCACUAUCAUCAACAAGUGCGCCCACCCCAAGUACCAGCCCAUCCUGACACACUACUACGAGAAGGCCGAGAGCGAGGGUCUGAAGAAGGGUAUGGGCCACGAGCCUCACCUUCUCUUCAACGCUUUCGACCUGCACAAGGCUCUUGCUGAGGAGGGUAGCAUGCUCAAGGUCAAGCCUUGGUAA